AAGAGCAGCGCGAGAGAGAGAGAGAGAGAGAGACGCAGCCAUGGGGAGAAGACCUGCAAGAUGUUAUCGUCAAAUUAAAAACAAGCCAUACCCCAAGUCACGGUUCUGCCGUGGUGUUCCUGAUCCCAAGAUCAGAAUUUAUGACGUUGGUAUGAAGAAGAAAGGUGUUGAUGAGUUUCCUUUCUGUGUCCAUCUGGUUAGUUGGGAGAAGGAAAAUGUCUCAAGCGAGGCACUGGAAGCUGCUAGGAUUGCUUGCAACAAAUAUAUGUCGAAAUUUGCUGGAAAGGAUGCAUUCCACUUGAGGGUCAGGGUACAUCCAUUCCAUGUUCUUAGGAUAAAUAAGAUGCUUUCAUGUGCUGGAGCUGAUAGGCUUCAGACUGGUAUGAGGGGUGCCUUUGGAAAGCCUCAAGGUACCUGUGCUAGAGUGGCUAUAGGGCAGGUCCUUCUUUCUGUCCGUUGUAAGGACAGCAACAACCAUCAUGCACAGGAGGCACUUCGUCGUGCUAAGUUUAAGUUCCCCGGUCGUCAAAAGAUUAUAGUUAGCAGGAAGUGGGGAUUCACCAAGUUUAACCGCAAUGAUUAUCUGAAGUUCAAGUCAGAGAACAGGAUCAUGCCUGAUGGUGUGAAUGCAAAGCUUCUUGGGUGCCAUGGACGAUUGGCGAACCGCCAGCCUGGAAGAGCCUUUUUGAAUGCCACUUCUGCUUAGACUGUUUAUUGAAAAUAUUAGACUUUGGAUCGUAUUAGUUUUGCAAGAGUGAAUUUGAAUUUGUUAUCUUGUCUGCUCAUUAUAUUAAAUCUGAGUUAAUUUUUGUUUUUGUGAACCGCCCUGAAUGCAUUAUUUAUUAAUGUUAUAUUUUGUUAUGGUCCA